AUGCCGUCUAAAACUCCUUCGUAUGUGAUUGGGAUUGACGUCGGCGGAACAAACACGGAUGCCGUCAUACUUCAAAAUGAACAAGUCGUGGCCUGGCAUAAGACGCCUACGACCUCUGACAUACAAGCAGGUGUCGAGCUCGCCAUUCGAGAGGUUGUGAGGAAGGGGGAUAUCGACUCAGGUCAAAUCGAAUCGGUGAAGAUCGGGACAACGCAAUUCAUCAAUGCAGUUCUCGAGCAGGAUCGAAGCAAGCUUGACAAGGUCGCUGUUAUCCGGCUGUGUGGACCUUAUUCUCAGCGGUCUCCACCAUUCGUGCACUUUCCUGAAGGUCUUCGUACUUUGAUGGAAGGCCACUGUGGCUACGUAGAUGGUGGCUAUCAAGUUGACGGCAGAAUCGUGCGGGCGCUGAGGCAUGAACAGCUCAAAGAACAAGCCGCCAUAAUCAAGUCAACGAGGAUCAAGAGCGUAGUCGUGAUCGGCAUAAACUCUCCGUCCAACCCGAAGCAGGAACUGGAAGCAGAAUCUGUUCUAAUUUCAGAACUUGGCCCAGGAUACGAUGUCUCUUGCUCCCACAAGAUUGGCAGACUAGGCUUCCUUGAACGAGAGAAUGCCAGUAUCCUCAAUGCAAGUUUAAGGCGCUUUGCUCGUCAUGUUAUCGCGGGUUUCAAAUUUGCUGUCCAGAGACUGGGCAAGUGCAGCUUAUACAUCACCCUCAACGAUGGGACCUUGAGUAAAGCGUCGGAAGCCGCCGAGUAUCCGAUAGGUUGCUUCUCAUCAGGACCUACGAAUAGUGCAAGAGGGGCUGCACUACUAGCGGGAUCACUGUCACAGGAUGAGGCAGACGAUAGAGAAGUCCUCGUGGUAGACGUAGGAGGGACCACGACCGAUAUCUGCGCCUUGUUGAAAACUGGAUUUCCCAGGCAAUCGGCUGCUUUCGUCAAGGUUGCUGGUGUAAGGACCAAUUUCACCAUCCCUGAUGUACACAGCAUUGCCCUCGGCGGUGGCUCUCUCGUUAGAACAGAGCGCGAUCAGACUCGCAUUGGUCCAGAUUCGAUAGGCUCACGCCUGGUCCGAGACGGAAUCUAUUUUGGAGGACAGAUUCUUACAGCAACAGACUUGAUUUUGUCGAACGACCUUACCGAGAGACUUGUCCCAUCACAUAUCAAGGCUUCUGGACUGGUAGAGAUCAAGAGGGCAGUCGAAGAGGCGGUUGAUCUUGUUAAGACAAAGCAGGGAGACGCGCGUGUAAUUCUCGUUGGUGGUGGGAGCAUCAUCAUCAGUGAUGAGAUUGCAGGAGUGGGAGAGCUCAUCCGUCCUAAACAUUUCGAAGUAGCCAACGCUGUUGGCGCAGCGAUUGGGAAGAUCAGUGGUUCGGUAGAUACGAUCGUUGCACCAAAAGCUGAUAAUGCUUCAAUGGAUGAGCAAAUCGAGGAGGCCAAAGCUCUUGCGAUGGAACGCUGUGUGGCUGCGGGAGGAAGCAGGGCGACGCUGGAAGUUGUGGAGAUUGAAUUAAUUCCGGUCUCUUAUGCCACCAACGGAGCUACAAGACUGAUUGUUCGGGUUGUGGCGGACCUAGCUGAAGGCCAUGAAGAUCCAGAAGAAAGCGUGUUGCCCAUGCUCUACGAUUUCGGUAAAAGCAUCGAUUCCGAAUGCCGUGCAGACGGAGCCGAUUCCAAAGCCUCGUCUUACGAUAUCAACCAAAACCUCGAUGUUGAAUCAUACAGACCAAGGAUAGAGGGGGACCUGUGGUAUUUGUCGGAGAUUGACUUGCAAUUCCUCCAAGACGGUACUGGCGUUCUGGGAGUCGGAAGCUGUGGUGAUGCAUAUCCCAGCUACGUUGCCUGCGUGCACGCGUUGGCCAAGGGCGAGGAUAUCACCAUCAGGCGGCAGGACACAUUACCCGAUAGCGCCAGUGUCCUGGCUGCUGGUUUCAUGGGCUCUCCGACCGUGUAUCUCGAACGAAUUCCAGGCAUGCAUGAGGUUAUCGACGCGAUGAAUGCAGUCAUAGAGACAGCUGAUAUCACUUCGUUUGAUGCUGUCAUUCCCAACGAGAUAGGGGGGAUGAAUGCCUUUGAGGCGCUCCUCGCGGCUUCUCAUUUCGGUAAAAGCACCCUCGACGCUGAUUGUGUAGCACGAGCCUACCCUUUUCUGUGGCAAACGGUGCGCUGCCUCAGGGGCGUCUCAGUUGUUCCAGCGGCCGUUGCAGAUGGAGCAGGCAGACGAAAGGUUUUCACUGCUGAACACGACAACUUCCAGGCUGAGGAGUUGAUGCGAGAUGCAUGCACGGAUCUAGGGUCAUUGGCAGGCAUCUGUAUCAACCCUCUCCAGGGCAGCGAGGCUCGCAGCUUGCCUCGAAACAGCUAUUCUCUAGCAUGGUCUAUUGGCCGCUCAAUUGCUCUUUCUAGAAGUAGGAAGAUAGACCCUGUGGCAGCGCUACUGAAAGAGCACCACGGUGUCCUUCUCUUUCGUGGGAAGAUUGUCUCGGUUGUACGCCACGUCGCAAAGGGCUUUACCAGAGGCAGUGUGCUUCUCUCGGCCUUCUCAGACGAAUCAAUCCCACAAUCCGACGGCGACAACUACUCACCAGGCAGCUCCCUACAGGUGGAGUUUGAAAAUGAGAAUCUCUGCGCUGUCCUGAAGCAAGAAGGACAAGAGGACAAGCUCCUUGCAAUCUGUCCGGACCUCAUUUGUUUCCUGGAUAUGGCAAAUGGUGCGCCAUUGGGCAUCUCGGACUACAAGUAUGGCUUGAGGGUCAGUGUGGUCGCGCUGUCAGCGCCGCCUGUAUGGACCUCGGAGAAGGGAUUAAGAAUGGGCGGACCAUCGGCUUUCGGGCUCGAUAUGGAGUAUACUCCUGUUGGCACGGAAGCAUACGAACCCCCUACGAGCGUCUGGGACAUGUUUGGCAAGGGUCAAUAA